CCCGCGCCCGCCGCCAGCCGCGAUUGGCCCGGCCCGGCCCGGCUCGGCCCCCUCCGGGGGGGGCCCGGCCCGCUGCCCCCCUCUCCGAGCCCUGCUUUAAGCCCCCGGUGCCGGCGGGAGUGCUCGGCUCUACCGGAGGCGAUGAGUCCCGGCGCGCCCUGAGCACGGAGCAGGGCAAGGAUGGUCCCUGUGAUGGGGGAUGCCGCCUGCUGGGUCCUGCUCGGGCUCUCCCUCCUGCCCAUCGCCGCCCUGGGCUCGCAGGACGAGGGGAAGGUGAUCCGCAUCAGCAGGGUGCAGCGGCAGGCGGUGCGCGUGGGGCUGGGGGAGCCCGCGGCCCUGCCCUGCCUCUUCCUCCUGCGCUCCUCAUCCUCGCCGGGGCCCAGCGAGCCCCCGGAGCCGCCGCGCAUCAAAUGGAGCAAGGUGCGCUCGGCCGGCGGCCGGCGGGAGGACUCGCCCGUGCUGGUGGCCAAGGAGGGCGCGGUGAAGGUGGCCCACGCCUACGAGGGCCGCGCGUGGCUGCCGGGCUACGGCCGUGACCGCGGGAACGCCACGCUGCGGCUGCGGGCGGCCCGCGCCAGCGACGCGGGGCUCUACCGCUGCCAGGUGGUGGCGGGCAUCGACGACGAGCAGGACCUGCUGCCGCUGGAGGUGACGGGCGUGGUGUUCCACUACCGGCCCGCGGGCCGCCGCUACGCGCUCAGCUUCGCCGCCGCCCGCCGCGCCUGUCGCGACAGCUCCGCCGUCAUCGCCUCCCCCCAGCACCUCCAGGCCGCCUUCGAGGACGGCUACGACAACUGCGACGCGGGCUGGCUCAGCGACCAGAGCGUGCGGUACCCCAUCACGCUGUCCCGGCCCGGCUGCUACGGAGACCGCGACCGCCUCCCCGGCGUGCGCAGCUACGGCCGCAGGGACUCCGCCGAGCUCUACGACGUCUACUGCUACUCCCGGGAGCUGCGAGGGACCGUGUUCCACGCCUCGGGGCCGGGCCGCUUCACCUGGCAGGGCGCCCGGCGGCACUGCCGGAGCCGCGGGGCCGCGCUGGCCACCGCGGGCCAGCUGCACCUGGCGUGGCGAGCGGGGCUGGACCGCUGCGACCCGGGCUGGCUGGCGGACGGCAGCGUGCGCUACCCCAUCCGCCAGCCCCGCAGCAAGUGCGGCGGAGAGGCCCCGGGCGUGCGGACCCUCUACCAGUUCCCCAACCGCACCGGCUUCCCCCCCGCCGCCUCCAGAUUCGACGCCUACUGCUACAAAGCGGCGGGGCCCGGGGACACGGAGCAGCCGGUGUCGCCGGUGCCACCCACGCCCGACCCGCCGGGCAGCGACAACGCGCUGGUGGAGCACGGCGAGGACCCGGGCACAUCGGGGGACACCCGCGACAUCCCCCGCGACAGCUACGACCCCCUGCCGCCGCCGGGGCCCGCGGGGCUGGGCGGGGAUGAGGACGAGCAGCUGCGGCCGGCCAGCGGCAGCCCGGUGGCACGGCGCGGUGACCUCCCGGGCACCGCCCUGGCACCGGCACCGGCGGCUGCAGGGCUGGGCACGGGCGCCGCGACAUCCCCGGUGCCCACCGUGACAUCCCCGGCACCCACCGCAACAUCCCCGGCACCCACCGCGACAUCCCCGGUGCCCACCGGGACAUCCCCGCUGCCCACCGGGACAUCCCCGAUGCCCACCGCAACAUCCCCGGUGCCCACCGGGACAUCCCCGGUGCCCACCGGGACAUCCCCGCCGCCCACCGUGACAUCCCCGCCGCCCUCCGGGCCCGCCUCGCUGGCGUGGCCCCGCGAGGAGGAGUCUCUCAACCUGGUGGACCCGGAGAGCUCCCGGCGGGACCCUCCCAGCGCCAGCCCGGCCCGAGGGGACCCUGCGGGACCCCCGGCCACCCUCCGGUCACAUCCCCAAGGCCCAGCCCUGGAGCUCAGCACCGGCUCGUCCCUGUCACCGCCCGGGCCGGGGACGGUCCCCAGCGCGGCCCCGGAGAGCCCCGGCACCCCCGCGGGCAGCUCCGGCGCCCCGAGGAGGAGCUACCCCGGCCUCAACGGGCGCCACUUCGCGUUCCAGCGGCACAGCCGGGACCCCGCGGCCGCAGCCGGGGACACCGCGGUGACAGCGGCCAUUGUCACCCGGGCCCCCGUGCGGGCGCAGGAGGUGGAGGGAGGCGCAGCCAACGCCGUGGAGCUGUGGAGCCCUCCCCGAGCCGGCAGCCCCCGGCGGAAGGGUCCCCACGCGUCCCCCAACGCGCUGGAGGAGGACGCCGGCCCCGAGCUCGAGGCCCCGGCCACCGCCCCGGUGUCCCUCCCGCCGGCCCCGAGGGAUUCGGGGACCCCCGCGGGGACCCCGCCCGUGCCGUCCCCGUCCCCCGCCACUCCCCGCGACGCUCGGGACCACCGGGACCCCCCCGCGGGUGGGGCUCAGCCCCGCGUCCCCGGAGCCCGCGGGGACUCCCCGAGGCCGCCCGCGGAUAUCCCCGAGGAGUUCUCCGGGUUCGCCGCGUCCCAGGAGGGCUCCGUGCCGCCGCUGCCCCCGCUGCCCCCGGCCCCGCUGGUGGCUGAGGGUCCCGAGCUGGCCCCGCAGCCCCGCGGGGACGGCAGCGACGGCAGCGGGGCCCCGGGGGACGGCGCGCUGGAGAGGCAGAGGAAGGCGGUGCCAUUCCUGCAGCCGGACGGUCCCUCCGAGGGACGCCCCGCCACCCCCGGGCUCGCCGAGGGGGCUCCUCCCGGGCCCCGGGCCCGCUCCGGCCCCGCGGCUCCGCACGGCGCGGCCGAGCCCGGCAGCGAAGCAGCCGCGUCCCCCCCGGCCUGGGGCGUCCCCUCAGCGCCCCCUUCCCCCGCGGCCACCGAGGCGCUGCUGUGGGCCGGCACCGAGCGGCCGGAGGCGCUGGCGGGGCUGGAGCCGGUGGCCGAGGAGGGGUCCGCAGGCUUCGCCCCCCCAGACCCACAGCCCAGCCAGCGCUCCGAGCCGGGGCCGGGGCCGGCCGAGCAGCUCCUCCUGUCCCCCCCGGACCCCCGGCAGCCCCCCGCCACCCCCGGCCCCCCGGCUGUCCCCGGAGACGAGGAGGACGCCUCCGGGGAGGCCGGGCGGGAGGAGCCCCCCACGCCCCUCGGCUCGGCCGCCCGCGGGCCUUGGCCGUCCCCCAGUGCCCCCCAGCCCGGGGGGACAGAGCCCGCCGGGUCCCCGAGCGCGGGGCUGCUCCCGGAGCCCUCCGCCGAGCCGGGGGGCGCGGGGGGGGCCCCGCUGCCGGAUGCCGACAGCGGCAGCGGGGAGGAACCGGCGCUGGACGAGCGGGAGCUGCUGGCCUGGGCGGGCACCGGCAGCGCCGGCGGGCACGCGCCGCCGGACCCGUGCCGGAGUAACCCGUGCCUGCACGGCGGGACGAGCCGUGCCAACGGCACCGUCUGCGGCUGCAGCUGCGCCCCGGGCUUCACCGGCGAGAACUGCGAGAUCGACAUCGACGACUGCCUGUCCAGCCCGUGCCGGAACGGCGGCACCUGCAUCGACGAGGUCAAUUCCUUCGUGUGCCUCUGCCUGCCCAGCUACGGCGGCAGCCGCUGCGAGAAAGACACGGAGGGCUGUGACCACAACUGGCACAAGUUCCAGGGCCACUGCUACCGCUACUUCUCCCGCCGGCGCUCCUGGGAGGACGCGGAGCGCGACUGCCGCCGCCGGGCCGGGCACCUCACCAGCAUCCACUCGCAGGAGGAGCACGCCUUCAUCAACGGCUUCGGCCACGAGAACACCUGGAUCGGCCUCAACGACCGCAUCGUGGAGCAGGACUUCCAGUGGACCGACAACACCGGCUUGCAAUACGAGAACUGGCGGGAGAACCAACCCGACAACUUCUUCGCGGGCGGCGAGGACUGCGUGGUGCUCGUGUCCCACGAGAUCGGCAAGUGGAACGACGUGCCCUGCAACUACAACCUGCCCUACAUCUGCAAGAAAGGCACAGUGCUGUGCGGGCCCCCCCCCGGAGUGCCGAACGCUUUCCCGGUGGGGAAGAAGAGGGAGAAGUACAACAUCCACUCCAGCGUGCGCUACCAGUGCCGCGAGGGCUUCACGCAGCGCCACGUCCCCACCAUCAAGUGCCACAGCAGCGGCAAGUGGGACCGACCCAAAAUCCUCUGCACAAAACCCCGGCGGUCGCACCGAGCGCGGCGGCACCGGCGGCACCGGCACAGCCACCCGCACCACCAGCACCGCCGCCACCAGCCCCGCAAGGAGCGGCGGAAACACCGCCAGCGCCUCCGGCUGGACUGGAUGGAGGAGGGCCACUACUUCUAGGGCCGGCCGAGCACAAAGGGGUCCCCGGGGGACGUGGCGGCGUCCCCCGCCCCUGUCCCACCCCCUCCGCGCCCCCCUUUUUUAGCCCCCUUUGGCUUUAGCUCCUGAGGAUGCCCGGCCCCGUAGGGAAUAGGAUCCGGAGGGGGCGGCUGCGUGUGCGCCCCCAGCCCUCCCCGCAUGCCCCACGCCCAGCCCCGGCCCGCGUGGGAGCCCCCCAAGCUGGGCUCUGUCCCUGUCCCCAACCCGGGGGUGGAGCAGGCAGCCCCCGCCCCGUCCUGCCCCGUCCCACCUGGGGCGGCUCUGGUUUUUUAGCAGCCCCCCACCCCAUUUCCCUGCCCCAGCACCCCGGGGUGUCCCCGCGGCCGGCACGGGCGGGGCGGGGGGGACACGGCGGCCGCGGGGCCCCCGUCCCGCUCCGCGCCUGCUCUGGGGGUGCUCGGUUCGGUUCGGUUCCGUCCCCCUCCGCUCGUUUCGGGUCCCCGUCGGAGUUGGUGUGUGCGUGUGUGUGUGUGUGUGUGUGUGUGUGUGUGUGUGUGUGUGUCGGCGCUUUCCGAUCUCUGCUGUUUGCGACGUGACUGCCGCGCCCCCACCCCCUCCCCGACCCCUCCUGCCGCCCCCUCCCCAUUUCUGACUCCGCCUUUCUGUACUGCUGGACAUUUUAAUAAAUUUUUUUAACGGUU